CCCUUUUGUGAAUGUGAUCACUGCACGAGCAUGGGGACUAUUGAAAUAUAAAUACUCCACAGAUAACAGGACAGCUAAGCAGAACUUCCGCCACCUUAUACCGCCAUUGCCAGCCCAGAUGCCAGUGGUGUUCCUGUAAUAAACUGCCGUGUGUGCCAAUCACUAAUCAGUUUGGAAGGGAAGCUUCACCAGCAUGUGGUCAAAUGCACAGAGUGCAACGAAGCUACGUACUGGAAAUAGCAAGUAAGACAAAAUACAGGAAAUGUAAACCAAUCAAAAACCCUCCUUCAGGGAAAAAGUAUGUUAGAUGUCCGUGUAAUUGUCUGCUUAUCUGUAAGGAUACAUCACGGAGAAUAGGAUGUCCAAGGCCCAAUUGUAGACGCAUCAUUAAUCUUGGUCCUGUUAUGCUGAUUCCAGAGGAGCAGCCAGCACAGCCUGCAAUACCUGUUCAGCCAGAAGGUACUAGAGUGGUGUGUGGACACUGUGGAAAUACAUUCCUAUGGAUGGAACUGAGGUUCAACACUUUGGCAAAGUGUCCACAUUGCAAAAAAAUUUCUUCUGUUGGAUGUGCACUCCCACGAAGACGGUGUUGUGCAUAUAUUACAAUUGGAAUGAUAUUUAUCUUUAUUGGAGUUGGAUUAACUGUUGGGACACAAGAUUUUGCCAGGAACUAUCAUGCCACAUAUGUUUCUUGGGUUAUUGCUUACCUUUUAGGCUUAGUCUGUUUAAUUCGAGCCUGCUACUGGGGAGCCAUAAAAGUUAGUUAUCCAGAACACAGUUUUGCAUAGACUCCUAAUGAUGGCUUUAAAAAAAAAGAGAGACAUUAACUGAAAGAUCUGAUGACAGUAAGAGCUAAGUAACCUAAACCUCUUUUUUCAUAUUAUUGUUCCCAUUCCAUUAAAAAUAAUUCAAAGGCUGGGGAUCCUUUUAAGAACAAAUGUUCAUUGCACUACAUUAUAUGCAAAUAGUUUGUUUUGCUGCUAGAUUCCCAAGCUCUGAAAACUUAUGCUUUGUUUACAGUAUCAGGUAUUUAUCUUUAUAAAAGAUUGUUGAAUUCAAAUCCAUUCUACAGUAUUCUUUUUUUUUUCUAUUUUAAACAUCAGUCUGUACCAUUUGGGGAGGAGUAUGCCAAAACAAAGUGUUUAUAGAUGUUUCUACAACUGCUUCAUAUGUGUAUGUACACUUUAAAGAACUGUGUCAAAGCAGCUUGCUUUACAUUUUUAAGCAAUAAGCCUUCUGCUUGAACUGCUUACUGUAUCUUUUUCCAAAAUCAGAGUGACCUUAAUGAGUGUACAUCAUUUUUAACAGUGGAGCAUUUGCUUGGGAGACAUUAUUGUAAACACGGUAUGCUUCCAAAUUUUCAGAUGGAGAGAUGCAGUAUUUUGGUAGUCCAGCUCAUUUAUCCACCACUGAAAUUCAAACUUGGGUAUUCUUUUCCUUCAAGGACUUUGGGACUUAAUAUUUUUUAUCUUUUUACAGGCAAAGCCAUGAUUGGAUUGAUGGGACUUAUCUCCAGUUAUUUGUAAUGAGUUCCUUUACUGGGUCUAAGUAAGGGAAGUAUUUAUAUGACUCAUUUUAUAAAUUUAGAUAGAGGGUGAUGUUGGGUUACUUCUUAGCUUGUUUUGGUGUGGUUUCUUUUCCAUAAUGGGAGAAUAAUUCUCUGGUCACUACAAAGGAAGAUAACAUCACUUUACAGUAACUGAUAUGAAAUGAAAAUAAAGAGAUACUCUGAUCAUUCUGUUGAUAUAUAGCUAGUCAGUAUAACACUAACAAGUUAUAUUAAACACAAAAAUGAAGACUGUUUUCUCAAGGUCUGUUCACAGCUUGAUUCUAGGGACCAGUUAUUGCACUGCCCAUCUCUAAAGUUUUACACAGUGUUUUUUCUAAAUUCUGGAAGAACAGCCUGAACUCUUUAGAUUACAGUAGUCUUUAGAUUAUGGAGUCAAGAAGGUAGAUACGUAUGUUUCAGGAUUGUGUAUACUAUUUUCCAUUACCUUUAUUCCCGUUUCAAGGCAAAGGGAUGGUUGGAUGAGAAUUUGGAGCACAAAAAAAUGUAUCCUACAUACUGUAAAUUAAAGUAUUUGUAUAAUGUUAAAUGUACAAAAGCAUUAGCUCAGGAUUACCAUGUACCUUUUAAAAUAUACUAAUAAAGAUUAUUAUUCAAAGCUAUUUCUGGAUUCAUCAA